AUGGUGAUAUCCAAUGGAGCUGAUCCGACACCUCCCGAGGGAAACGAGUACUACGAGGUUCGAAAGAUUCCUGGAAAGGGUUAUGGAUGUUUCGCGCUUGCGCCGAUCCUGAGAGGGACGCGUAUCUUGGAGGACAACCCACUUUUGGCGAUACCUUCCGGGGCAUAUCUAAAAUCUGACAUUGAGGAUGCAGCUGCGAGAUUGACGCCGGAACAGAAGAAGCUCUACUUUUCGCUUCAUUCUGGCCAUGGCCAAGAUCCAAGACAAUGGCCAUCCAAAAUCCAUGAUAGCGUAGAGCCAAGAGAACGACAGCGUAUUGAGGAGCAACACGCAGCUCGGAUUGGCAAGGAAGCGACAUGGAUGAGCAUCUUCCAGACAAAUUGCAUGGAGAUGGAUAAAGGUGCAGCUGUGUUCCCACAUGCAGCACGAUUCAAUCAUUCUUGCAACCCCAAUGCUUGCUUUUCCUGGAACCCAUCCAUUAACAAGGAGACAAUCCAUGUCAUGAAUGACGUGGCUGCUGGUGAAGAGAUCACAAUUUCGUACUGCGACAUGAUUCAUGACAAGCCAUCCCGGUCAUACGAACUCAAGCACUAUGACUUCGUCUGCGACUGCCCAGCUUGCGCUGGAGACGAAGACGAAGAGACAAGCUUCGCACACCAGAGUGCCAUAAGACGCUUCCUACUACAGGAACUAGAGUAUGAGACGCGUGUGUGGCGAGGCGCUUUGCUUCUGGAAGGGCUCCAGCAGCCCCAGUUCGUCAACAAGUUGCUUCAGCUAGCCGCACUACACGGACUCGAAGGAGACUAUACCGCCAGACUGGCUGCUGUGUACCUGGAUAUUGCGCUCGUCUGCGAGCACCAAAACGACCUUGGAAUGGCUAAAGCGGCCGCUGUCAAAGCUGCCCAAGUGAAGAAGGACUGCCAAGGUGUGGAUUUCCCCAACUACAAGCACUACGUAGAGGUGCUAGACCGCAUCAAGACGAAGCUGGCUUUGCGAGAGACUGAGCAUGGUGUGUAG